AUGCAUAGGCAUGUAUUUCUUCGAAUUGUAGAUGCCCUUGGCAAUUAUGAUGAAUAUUUCCAAAUGAGGGUCGAUGCAAUUGGUAAAAUGGGUCUUUCACCAUUGCAGAAAUGUACAACUGUUAUUCGUAUGUUGGCGUAUGGGUCUCCUGCUGACCUUGUAGACGAAUAUGUUCGAAUAGGUGAAAGCACUUCAAUUGAGUGCUUACAAAGAUUUGUUAAGGGCGUGAAUGUUGUAUUUGGGGCUGAGUAUUUGAGAAAACCUAACAACACUGAUGUUGAACAUCUUUUACAAAUGGGAGAGUCACAUGGCUUCCCAGGUAUGUUGGAUUCCAUUGAUUGUAUGCAUUGGGUAUGGAAAAAUUAUCUUGUUGCAUGGAAGGGACAGUUUUGUCGAGGUGAUCAUGGUAAGCCCACAAUCAUGCUUGAAGUAGUGGCAUCGCAAGACUUAUGGAUUUGGCAUGCUUUCUUUGGUAUUGCAGGUUCAAACAAUAACAUUAAUGUGCUAAACCAAUCCAACGUGUUUAACGAUAUUUUGGAAGGACAUCCUCCCAAUGUGCAAUAUACAAUCAGUGGGACACCAUAUAAUAUGGGAUAUUAUUUAGCAGAUGGUAUAUAUCCUGAGUGGGCUCCAUUUGUCAAGACCAUUUCAAUGCCACGGGGAGAAAAGAAAAAAUUAUUUGCUCAACAUCAAGAAUCGGCUAGAAAAGAUGUGGAGCGGGCAUUUGGAGUGCUUCAAUCUCGAUUUGCAGUUAUACGUGGCCCAACGCGUGCUUGGCACAUGGACACCAUCAAGCAUACUAUAUAUGCCUGCAUCAUAUUGCACAACAUGAUUGUGGAAGACGAACGACAUACAUAUGGAGGUAAUUUUGAUUACUCUUAUAAUAAUGUGGAUAUCAACAACUCAACAACUGAAACAUUUAGCGGUCCUCAUCCGAAUCUUGCAACAAGACUACAAAGAAGAGCAAGUAUUCGUGAAAAACAAGUCCAUCGUCAACUUCAAGGAGAUCUAGUCGAGUAUAUUUGA